CACAGAGUGGAAAGAAGCGAUUUAGAAGCAGGCGACCAUAUCUACACUUGGAGAACUGCCUUCGCUUACUCUCAUCAUGGCAUCUACGUUGGUGGGGACAAGGUUGUCCACUUCACACAUGACCGGCAGUAUCUGAGUUCAUCUUCUCAAGCCGCCUCGACAUGGUUCUCGUCAUCCCCCUCUGAUGUCCCCUCAGCAACCUGUUUAGAUAUUCCAGACUGCGGUUUUGGGAAAAAAAGAAGUGGAGUAAUUAUAUCUUGUUUGAAUUGCUUUCUUGGAAAUGGAUUAUUGUACCGCUUUGAGUAUGGAGUUAGCCGGCUAUCGUUCAUUGCUAAAUUCCGAGGUGGGACAUGCACUACUGCUAAAUCUGAUCCACCGGAAGCUGUGAUUCAUAGAGCUAUGUAUUUGCUUCAGAAUGGAUUUGGGAACUAUAACCUGUUUACGCAUAAUUGUGAGGAUUUUGCUUUAUAUUGUAAAACCGGUUUUCUUGUUUGUGGGGAAGAAGGGCUGGGAGGCAGUGGUCAAGCCUCAUCUUUUGUAGGUGCUCCUUUGGCUGCAGUGCUUUCUCUGCCUCUUCGGUUAUUCGUUUCAAGUCCACUCGGUAUUGUGACAGCAACUGCUGCAAUAUAUUCAUUGAAUAGGUAUGCUACUGACAUUGGUGUCCGAGAUGAUGUGAUCGAGGUGAAGGUAGAGGAUAUAGCUUUGUUUCAUGGCAAUCAACUUGGUGAUAGAGAUGGAUGCUCUGGUGAGAUAGACGAUAACGGCACUCGACCUCAAAAGCGGCAAAGGAACGAUUGAUGGAGAAUCACCACUUAGGCAUGCAGUUGUGGACAAAUCUUUGUUUUAUCAUCUCCUGUACAACUUUCUAUUUGCUCUUUCUUGCUUCCCUGAAAAGGGAUAUUAAUUGAUUGUAAGAGAGUACUCUUCAAUGACCAUUCCAUAUUCAUGGUGUAACACAAAUAUCUGCAUUCUGAGUUUUCGAUGCAGUAAGCCUGUGGAUUCGAUAUGAUAUUCCUUUAGUUCCUUA